CUGGAAUUGGGUACUGAAUAGCGAGUGAAGCUAUUGCGGAGCCAUCUUGGGUGUGGGAAAGCUGACUGGCUAGGCAGACACGAGUUACGCUACCGAUAGCAUCACAGUGAAACUGCUACGUGGGGACACAUGGCUGCCUAGGAUAGCUGUAAGCCAAUACCAUCCUCCUGGACAAAACCAGCAGGUACACUCAGCAGCUGAGAUAAAACCUGGGAAUGCUUCAGAUCAUGCAUUCAGAAGGCUGCAAUCUUACCAACCAUGUCCUGGAGAACUAACAGAUGACAACCUAUCAGACUACAGAGAGGGGUUUAUUGCAUCCAGGCUGGAAUUAGCCCAAAGAUACUGCUCGGGGUGGACAAUGAACAACACUGUAAAGUGCCAAGAUGAUCACACCCUGGAUAAGUAUUUGUUUCCAUUUGUGUACAGCAUUGUGAUGAUGAUCAGUAUUCCCAUCAACUGCAUAGCCCUCUAUGCAUCUUGCAUUCAGAUGAAGAAAAAGAAUGAGUUAGCCGUCUACCUCUUCAGCCUAUCCCUGGCUGACCUUUUGUACUCUCUGGUUCUGCCUCUGUGGAUUGAUUAUGCCUUGGAUGGAGAUAACUGGAGGCUCUCUGCCUUGCUUUGUCAGAUUUCUGCCUUCCUUAUGUAUAUGAAUUUCUACACCAGCACUGCGUUCCUUGCUUGCAUCUCUGUUGACAGGUACCUGGCAUUAGUUCACCCCUUGAAGCUCCAACACUUGCGCACAAGAAGAUUUUCAUUGAUGGUCAGCAUAAUUGUUUGGAUUCUGGAAAGCAUCUUGAAUUCAGUUAUAUUGGUGAACAAUGAAACAUUCAAUGAUCCUUGCAAUUCCAGUAAUCAUACAUUAUGCUAUGAUAAAUACCCCCUGGAAUCGUGGCAAGCAAAAAUGAAUUUAUUACGGAUAUGCUCAGGAUACCUGGUCCCUUUGAUAGUCAUCUUGUUUUGCUACCAUAAAAUCUAUCAAGUAGUGAGGUGUAAUCAAGCCACAGUAGAUGAAGAAAAGAAAAAAGUGAGGAAACUUAUUCUGAAUAUCACAGUUACUUUCAUUGUUUGCUUCACUCCAUAUCACGUUAUGUUGCUUAUUCGCAGCAUCAAAGAACCUAACAACCCUGACCAGCAGCUUUUGGAGUUGAUGUAUAAGGUUUACAGAAUCACACAGGCCUUAACAAGUUUUAAUUGCAUUGCUGAUCCCAUUCUUUACUGUUUUGUGAGUGAAACUGCACGAGCAGACAUACUGAAUUUGCUCAGGUAUUGCUUGUGCCUACAAAAGUGUGAGGGAGACCAAGCGAAAGACCAUGCUCUGUGCAGUUCUGCUACAAAGAGCAGUGCGCUGAUCGCCUGCAGAACUUCUUGUGAAAUGGACACUGUCAAAAGUGCCUGAGCAAGCACAUUCAAAGCAAAAUUGGAUAACCUAAAGGGGAAAGAAAGAUAAAUUCUUCCCCAGUCUCUACCUACGAAAUACCCCAGAAGUCACAGAUACUAAAGUGAAACCAGUAGCAGGAGCUAAUAAGAACUUAUUAAAGGGUCAAUGAAAUCAAUGGAGCAUCAACACAUAUCUUUAAAUCAGGCAUGGUACAUCAUGGUUCAGUCAAUGCCAACAAACAAAUGCACAGUCAUUUUAUUUUCUAGUUUUAGUAGAAACCUAAAGCUUAGCUAGGAAGGAGCCCCAAAAGGGUUUGGGGUUUUUUUUUUUUAAUCAGUACUGUGAUAGAAGUGCAUAAAGCAUGCACACAUGAAGACCAUGUGAUUGACAAAGGAGCAGACAGAGGGAGGGUGGUAAAUCUUCUCUCUAAUUUCGUGGUGUAAUUUAUGCUGCUAUGGUUCUUGUGUUUCAGUAAUGACUUACAUUCCCCUUCAGCGUACCCCUGAGAUUAGCCACUUUUUAAAAUUGUUUACCUUGUGGACAGGCACAAAUUCUAGCCACCAGUGGUUUAACUCAGAUGAUGUUUUUCUUGAUAUGUGCAGGGAGGAUAAGGAAGGAUUGAAAGGUGAAGUUCCACAUCUCUACAACAUAAAGGACCAGCCUUUAGCCUUGCUUAUUAUGACUGAAAUCUGGAGUGUGGUCACGUUUGCAGAGUCAAUAGAGCAAGAAAGUUUAUAUCCGUUUACUUAACUGCACCUGGAGGCCUCAGCUAGAAGUUCUGGGCUUUCAGUCUGCCAGUUUUAAAAAAAAAAUCAAACAAACCAACAGCAAUACUGACAAAAUAGCAAAGAACAUGAAAGUACCAACAAACAAUAAGAAUGGCAGCAAAAGAACCCACAUUUUGAAAAGGUUGAAGUUAGCACAAAUCAAAAGUACAGCUGUUAAUUUAGGGACCUGUUCCUGCACAGGUCCCUGCAACAACUGCAUGGUUCCCUGGUAGCAGUGGGCACUCAACCCUCUGAAGAGUUAGAACACCAUGGAAAGUCUUUUUUUUUCUCCUCUCAUAACCUUUUCACUUUUGUUCAGUUGCCAGAAAGAUUGCUUGGUUAUGGUGGUUGUCCAGUUUUAUAGGAAAAAAAAAAUUAUUUCCAUCAAAAAAAUCCCCCUCUAGCAAGUUUGUGUAGUGGAAAGGUUUUGAACAGCACUUUUCCAGCACACUUUUAGGUCUGACUUUAUACUUGGAGGAUGAGCAUACAGUGGUCACAAGCAAUAUGGAAAUUCUUGUGAGAAGACCCCUCUGCAUGUAAAUUACAAAUUUCUCCAUUACAAAGAGCCACUUUCAUUGUUCUCAGGAGUUCCUGUUCGCGUCUAUUUGUACUUUGAAUUAAUUUCACAUUCCAAGAGGGGCACUUGAGAGUUGGUUGGGCUUGUUCAGCCUGGAGAAGAGAAGGCUUUGGGGGAACUAAUGGCAGCCUUGCAAUACCUGCAGGGAGGGUAUUGAGAAGAUGGAGCCAAGCUCUUCACAAGAUUGCAUAGCAGGAGGACAACAAAUCAUGUGCAUAACUUGAAGCAAGAAGGGUCAGAGUUGAUAUAAGGAAAACUUCUGAACUAUGAGGACUUGCAAGCAGUGGAACAGGUUGCACCAAGAUGUUCUGCAUGCUCCAUCCUGGCAGGUUUUCAAGACCCAACUGAACAAAGGCCUAAGCAACCUGAUCUGGCCUCAUAGCAGACCUUCCUUUGAGCAGAAGGUUGGACUAGAGGCUUCCUGAGGUCCCUUCCAAGCAGAAUUGUCCUGUGAUCCUAUGAACUGUGUAUGUCACUAUUCUGGCUGUUGUCUUCCUCUCUAAAAAAUCAUGUUCUCUUCUGUCCUGGUUUUCAGCUGGGACAGAGUUAAUUUUCUUCUUAG